AAAGAAAGUGGCAUGUAUAAUUCGGCAAAUUAAACAACAGAAGCAAUCUGUUCUUCAUAAUGAGAUGGUCUUCCUCGUUAUGUUCCUCGCACGAAAAAAGUGCUUUUGUCUGAGUUACUAGUACUCCAAAGAUUCGCAUAUACAAUUUUAAUCAAAUAAACACAUCAUGGAAAUUCCAUUCCACCUGAUGUUCUCUAAUGAUUUAUCUUGCUCCAGAACCACGGAAGUGUUCCCGUGCUUUCUUGUCAACAAUUUGUUCGGGUUUGUCUCAGUCAUGUGACAUUGAAUUAGAAUUAAAAGACGUGAACCUCGAUUACUUUCACAAACGCGGAUUGUGAUCUUGAUGCGUUUCUCUUCGUACUUUCUCUUGUAAGUAGACACCGAUGAGAGACGAUCUGGGUUCGGAGGGUUCCAAAUCAGACACGGAGGAACGCGGGGGCCGCGUGCCUGGGGGCGGCAGUGGCCCGGGGUCAACUCCUCCCCCUACGGAUCAGAGCCAAAUUGAUGUUGUUCUUAUAGGUGGUCCCGGUGUAGGAAAGACAUCGAUAGUGGAGCAGUUCGCACGAUGCCAACUACCAUCUCGGUACCGCUCCACCUCCAAACCAUGCGUGUACACAUCAGCAGUUGUAGCUAACGAACAGAUCUAUGAGAUGAGUAUAGUUGAUAUGCCAGUCAUACCGUAUUCCCCGUUAGAUGGGCGAGCCUGCAGGCGGGCUGCCGCAUCUUGUACCUGGGAAGAACUUCAAUCCUAUGCUAACGCCAUCGGGACUGCAUCAGUGCUCAUCUUUGUAUACGAUAUCACUGCUCCAGAGAGCUUCCAGUAUAUCAAGGAUCUAAGAGAACACAUCCUGGACUGCUUUGAGUCGGAUGCCAUAGGCUAUGAGAUACCAAUGAUCGUUGUAGGCAAUAAACAAGAUUUACAGAGAAUGUCACGGGUACCGAGACGGCAUAUCUCCCAGAUGGUGAAGAAGACCUGGAAAUGUUCGUAUGUAGAAUGUUCGGCCAAGUUCAACUGGCAUGUAGCUUCUGUGUUUAAUGAAGUAGUUCGGGUAGUAACAGCAGGAGGAAAUAAUAAAGAAGGACAAUCGUCUUCAUAUCGGAUACCUCUACGUGCGUGGAGACAAUGUGGGGUGUGUAACAUAAUGUGAGAUUUAGAACUGGUCCGUUCUGGUAAGGGACUAGAAUUUGUAUGAUUAAUAACGAGGUUAUUCAUUCCAUGUCUCUCUACACACAUCGUCUUUUCUUGAUAUGAUUUGAACAUUUGUCAUAUUUUAUUUCUUUAGUUUUGUCUUUCCCAAGAAAAAACCUCAUUAGUGAAUUCAUUAUAAAUGCGGUCUGGUACUGUAGUCAUUUAUGGUUUGCAUCUAUAUAUAUAUAAACUCUGUUACUUUUACUUCCAGGUUUGUAAAGAUAUCACUGAAAAAGUGAACGAUUUUCAUUUACCAAAUUUAUUAGGCUGGUGCAUUUCAGGGGUUGAUACUAUUAACGCAUAUUUAGAGGACUUUGAAUAAAAAAUAAUUUUGGUAAACAGCAACAAAAUUUUCUAUAAAACUAACGUAAUAAAUUUGAUUAAACAUGUGUCAAUUUUCCUUUUUUCCAAAACAAAUGAAAUAAUGAUAUAGAAAAUUCAUAGAAAAGGAAAAACCCUAGUAAUGUAAAUGUUUGUGUAAAGUACGCCAAAAAGAUCUACGUAUUACAAUCGAGAGAGGGAAAAUCAUUCACAGUAUCAUACUGAUAUUUAUUCACUUUUACUACAAUGAAACAUAUAUUAUUUUCAAAACGACUUUUUGAUUGUCUUUGAUCGCGAAAUUGUUUGUUGGAACACUUUUUUUUCAAAAUAUGUAUGGACGAAGAUACAACGCCACGAUAAACAGGAAAGAUAACACAAAAUUCCAUGCAAAAUACACUGAUCCAUAUUGUAGAUAUUUUUCUAGGCUAGUGAAUAUUAGUUCAAAUGUGCUUCAUACAUUUUCAACCAAAGAGUUCAAUAAUUAAAGCGUAACUAUUUAUAUCGUGUAUGUUUGAAAAUGGACCAAGCAAUUAAGAUUUAAGAUAUAUUUGUUAGGUAAAGAGAAGAAUCAAAUAUACAAUGUACAAGUGCAAUUGUCUUUGUUACGUAAUAUGUUAAUUGUUCGUUAUGCAUUCAGAAAGUAGGUUAUGCUAUUGUGAAAUCAGUAAUUUGCGUAGUGAAACAGAUGCACCCAAAUCAAGAGCAAUAGUAUCAUAAUUAAAAAAGCAUAAGGCGUACGUAGACACGAUGAGGCCUUUAAUUUAGAGAAACUUUCAAACUCUAUCACAUACCAUGCGUAUGGGUAGAUUUUGGAUACAACGGACACCGGGUGAUCCAAGACAAAGUGAUUACAGGUAACGGAAAGCAUCAAUACCUACUUCUGAUUGUCCCAUAAGCAUAUUAUUGUGGGGGCUUAUGGUCCUGUCUUACGAUAUGAAACUCAUUACAAAAUCAAAGUGACCUUCUCGACCCCUUGUCGUCAAUGCAUCUGUCAGUGGUAGGAUUGGUGGCAACAAUUAUGAUCAGAGCUAAGCUAUACCCCUUCGAAAGAUCCGUGACACUCCGUCAUGAACGCAUUUGAGUAAAUUGAAAUUGGUUAGCGCGAUCAGGAAAAAACAUGUGUGGGUGUGGGUGAGUGUGUUUGUGGGCGAAAUCCCAGACAAUCUGUGAGGUAAAUUUAAUUUGUAAGAUAUAUUGACGUUGAAGAAUCUUGAAUACAGGCUAACCUUUCACAUAUUUAAACCACUUCUAGUGCUCCUAUUCUGAAUUUGUUGGCAUUGUCUGACAUUUCUACGUAUUGUUCCAGAGUUAUCUUGCCACAUUACGCUUUUGUACAGGAGAAAGGCUGCUGCUGCUGUGAAUCUAAUUAAUGGGAAAGAUAUCAUUACUUUGCCCUUUAGAUUUUGCAAUAAAAGCACUCGAUCACCCAUGUUAAUCUCUUCGUACAGCUUUAAUUCAAUUACUUUAUUUUACAGCUUAUUCUGAGAACAUAAACGGAUGUGGAUAUUUGGAAAAUGUCAAUUUAAAAGUCAUGUGAUCGGUAAACUAUAAUUACUUCUUCUUACACCUUUUUACAUUACCUGUGUUUUGUCUUGAUAAUUUGUAUUUGUGAAGGUUUUGAAAAAUCGCAAUGAUUUAUUUCGAAUAUUUUAUGCGUCAAAUUACAAAGGAUUAGGCCAAUUAUAUAUAUCUUAAGGGUCAUUUUUAAAGUUUGUCACUUGAUGUAAUAGAAGUGUGUGGUUGUCAAUUAAUUACAGUGACGGUGGUGGUGGGUGUGUGAAUGGGUUGGGGGUCGUGGACUUCAUUCUUGCUAUUUAUUUUUAUUCCAUUGCUCUCGCUAUCUUUUUUCUCUAUCGCCAUCUCUCAGUACCCUUGUUUGUCAUAUUCCUCUAUAUUUCCACACAAGCACACUCCUACAAAAUAAGAAAAGGGGUUUAUAUGCACACAAUUUAAGAGAUGUGUUUAAGUGAAGAUUAAAGCUUGUUAUUGAUAAGGAAUAGUUGAGAUAUAAAUUUAUUUUAAAAAGGAAAGAGGUUGGUGAAGUUUAAACCUGAUUAAGCGCAGGGAAUAUUCGAGAGUAAACUCGAUUAUUCUGAAAUCCAUUUGUCUAGUACAGUAGCAAUACGUAAUGUCAGCGUAUCGUUGUCAUCCUCUUAUUCAAGGGUUCAGUAAGUCUAAUAUAUUAUGUACUUGAAUUUCUCCAAUGACACAUUUAUAAUUCAUAAACCAAAUGACUACAAUAUCAAGUUCGCACCUAGCAGUGUAGACGACACCCUUUAUAACACUAGUAGUCUUAGGUAUAAAGUAUACCCACUAUAUUCCACUUUUAUUGGACAAACGUUGUUAACCGCGGUAGGAAAGAAAAAGAACAAUUCUGCUAUUAAAUUGACUGCGCCUAUUCCUAUCCUUUAGGCCAUAUAUAUUUUACCUGACCCAAUUCUGGCCAUUCUUCCCCGGCAUUAUGUAUAAAAAAACAAUAUAAUGAUAUGCAUAAUACAUGUCCGCUCGGUGCUGCAUCCUUUACGUACAAUGCAUUUUCCCUUUUCCCCUUUAGCAUCCCAACUAUCUAUCCCCUGGUGUUCGUUACACUCACUCUAAAGGUCUUCGAAUCGUGAAUUAGUGAGAGCUUUUUCUAUUUCAACAUUAUCUAGUUUACCUUGUUUUACUUUGUUGCUUAGAAAUGAGAUUAUUUAUCUUUCCAGGAUUAAUGAUAAAAAUUAUUGAUGGCUCAAGGGUUGUGUCUUAGUAAAUAGUAGAGGAAUUUAUUUGUUUUAGUGAAUAUGCUGCCUACUCAUAGGACCGAAUACGCUUGUAAAAACUGUUAAUGGAUAAAUUGCUACUUUAGCUAGAAAAGUUCAUCUUGUCUCGUAAAGCCUGGAUGAGUCUUACCUUGUAGUCAUGAACGGAUGUCGUUAUGUAAGUUCUUUAAAAAAAGGUGUAGAUUAUGAUCAGAUGAUGAAAGAGAAGAACACAUCGUUUUCAUAAAUCAAGUAGGUAACAAGAAUUAUUUCCACCAAAUAGAAAGAGACAAAGAGAGAAAAUGUGAAUUAAGAGGAAAGCUCAUUCUGAAGAGAGGGAUAAAGAGGAAACAUUUACAAUGUUUAAAAGGAAUUAUAAUUUAGGUAACAUGCAUUGAUCCAUAAAUAUGGCGGUUUUUAUUCCAUCGACUAUUUUCAAUGGGUUCCCCUUUAAAUGCACUAUUCUCCCUCAUAUAAAUUAUGUGGAAGCUAUACAUACUUCUCUCUCUCUUUCUCUCUCUUUCACUUUUGCUC